AUGGCCGCCCUCCGUCCUGAUGGCACAAUGGCCCCCGCACAGGGUCGCAAACCACUCGUCCCAAUCACCGAAACCCCUUCCCAGGGGGGUCCCGCAAACCUCGCAGCAGAAACCCCCUCCGCUAGCGACGUCCAAGACCACUUCUCUCAAGAGAUGCCAGAUCGUCUGAGCAAGUACUAUGAGCGGUCGCCAAGCCUGGCGCCGUCUUACUUCAAGAGGGGGGGAGUUCAAACGGGUUUGGGGGAGGUUAACGGUGGAGUUAGCGGAGAUCCUGAGUACUAUAGGAGCCUGGGCAAGGCGGCGCAAGCGGCGUUGAUCCACCUGAUCAUGAAGUAUCAUGAGACCCUCCUUCAAAAAGGGCUGACGGCCGAGGCUGAGAAAAUUUCGAGCUCUUUGAAGGCUCUGAGAGAUGACCCUAUCGGCGACGCAAAUAAGGAACUUACGGGGAUGGAUCUCUUGAUGAAGGACGGUCUUCUGCAAUACAUGCUCAAGAUCGGACCCUUGUUGCCGACACUCCCCGCUCAGGUGGUCACCUUCAAGAACCUGAGCUACUCAUCCAAGGUGACGUUCACAAAGGGGACGUACGAAACUGUCGGCACUCAGGUAAUUGGUCUCGGGACCCAGUUCGUCACGAAGAAGACCACAGGUGACGUGGACAUCCUCAAAAACGUCACGGGCUACGUCAUGCCCGGGACGAUGACCCUCGUUCUGGGCGGGCCUGGCUCCGGCAAGUCGACUCUGCAAAGUCUGCUAUCGGGGAUGCCCCACAAGGACAAAACAACGACGAUCAAGGGCGAGGUUCGGUACAACGGCAAGCACGUCAUCGGCGGCCCGUCUGAGAGCGCCGGCUUCGCCGUCAGGAAACUCGCCGCGCUAGUUAAACAAUCGGACGUCCAUUUCGCGGCCUUGAGCGUGCGCGAGACGCUCGAGUUUGCGCGCAGUUGCACGCAAGUCUGGACCUUUGAGGAGAUGUUCCGGCGCAGCCCCGAAUUGCGGGAGGUUUUUGGCGCGGUCCUCGCGCAGGGGAAGGAUCCGAAGCUGGAGAACGUGAUCAACAUUCUGGGUCUCAGGCGCGUUCUGAACAUGCCGGUGGGCGGUCCAAUGACUCCCCCCACGCUCACCGAAGACGAGCGGCGCCGCGUUUCCGCCGCGGAAAUGGUCGCCGGAACGUACGUCCUCCUCUUCCUAGACGCCUUUGCCACAGGGGUCGACGCGGCGACCGCAUAUGACAUCGCGAGCGGGCUACGGGUUCUGGCCCGGGUUAGGCAGCUGGGAAUCGUGGCGAACAUCGUUAAUCCGCCCCCGGAGGUUUUCGGGUUGUUUGAUCGGGUUAUACUGCUGGACCGGGGGAGGGUGGUUUACCAAGGGCCGAGGGCGGAUGCGGUUCCUCACUUCGAGUCGCUCGGGUACAUCAAACCCGACUUCCUGGACAUAACCGAGUUUCUCCAGGAGGUAACUUCCCCUGACGGUGCCCAGUGGUUGUCCCCCGGACACUCCCCUCUCGACCUCGGGGGGUUCGUUUCCGCCUAUGAAGCUACCCCCCACUACGCCGACAUUUUGCGGGUGGUUAACUCCGCCGAUCCCCCUCACGUUCUCUCCGUCAAGGCCCCCAAACCGCUUGGGUUAAAUCUCCUGGCUCGAAACGGCGUACCAGCAAUCGCGCGGAUCGAAGCGAGUAGUUCGCUGACGUCAGCGGAGCAGACGGUCCACUUCACCGGGGCCGUGAAGGAGGGUGACGUCAUCACGGCGGUGUCUGCUCCCGAGGGGGGGCUGGUUUACCUGGCGGGGAAGGGGGGGGAAGCGAGCGUGGAGGAGCUCGAGGCGCGGCUUCACGAGGCGGCGGAUCCAGUCCGGUUGCAACUAGAGCGGGCGACCCCAGAGCCUGACGACAAGGACAUCAUCAAUGAGCAGUUCACGCAGGAAUAUUCGCUGCCCUUUUGGGCGGAGUACCGUUUCCUGUUCGACCGGGCCUGGAAGGCGCAACUGCGCGGGAAGCUCCUGCUCUAUUUCCGAGCGUUCCAGAUCACGUUCAUCUCCCUUUUCGUGGGGACCAUCUUCUGGCAACUGAACGAGUCCGCCGACUUUGCCCAUAUGAACACGCGCCGCGGAGUCGGUUUCCUCUCCCUCAUGUCAACUUUCCUGUGCAACGCCAUCCAACUUCCCGGUCAACUGGCAGACCGGGCGGUUUUCUACAAGCAACAGGGCGCCCGGUUCUACCGGCCCGGUUCGUACCUGCUCGCGAGCGUUGCGGCCAACUUCCCCUUCUCGUGCCUGGAGGCUCUCACGUAUGGCGUGAUCGUCUACUUCAUGACGGGCUUGUCUCUGCACGAGGGCAGCGGUCACUUUUGGCUGUUCCUGCUAGUCAUCUUCCUUAACGUGCAACAAGGGGCGCUCCUCGUCCGCUGGCUCAGUUCGUUCGCACCUGCAAUGGAAACGGCCGCAGCCUUGCAAGGUGAAGCUUGA